GUGGGUGUGUCCGUGCAUCCAAGCUCCGACUGUUCAGCUCUCACAGCGCCGCGAGCUCGAACCAAGGUUCACGCUCUUGUGCGCGCCGUCACCUCCCUGCCAGGCUGCCACAGGUCGUUGCCGUCGUCCUUCGGAGUUGCUGCCGCCGGCCACCAGCUCACCAGCUCCCUGCCACCGCAGCUCGUCAGCAUGCAUCUUUUUUUUGUUUCUUUCGGUAUGGACAAUAGUAUUAAUCCAUGACUUCUUAGUCUGAACUCUUCACCCACUUUGGUGCCUGCGCUUCACAGUCACAGCUGGUGUUCACUUCACUUCUCCUGAUGUUAUGGCUGAUAUUGAUGCCCACACGUUGACCUGCCACGCCUGUGGCAACGUCGGCCUUGUUGAUGGCGACGACGGCUUUUUCUAUUGCAACCGCUGUGGUUCCCCUCUGAGGAUGUGGUCGAUACUGCCGUCGAUGACAAUGAUCUCUUCAACAGCGGCGGUGCUUCCGCCGGCAUAUACCUCACCAGUCAGCAGCUCCACAAGCCCUCCACAGUCGCAAUCAAAGCAGAGCCAAUCUCCCAGUAUGACUCACAGUCGGUCCUUCUCUGCAACCUCAGCUUGGAGGACGAUGACGACCAAACCCCUCCUCGGAACAAUGCCAGCAAGGUGAAGAGAAAGGAGGAGAAUUAUGCUCCACUUUUCGGCAAUAUUCACUCUGCUCCAGAGGAUUUUGCUGAUGUGGCUGGCACUAAUGUUCCGAGCUUUGAGGAUUAGCAGAAUGAAGUUAGGAUGAGGUACGUGUUAGGGUUGCAGAUUAUGGUUCAGCUUCAGUGCGAGGCGUUGUUUAAGGAGUUCAAGGUUACUCCUUUGAUUUGUGGGUUGAUGUCGCCCAUUUGGUUGCGGUUUGUGUUCGGAACUGGUGUCUUCAAUGAUGAUUGGGCUGAUAAAGUUAUCCAUGACUCAGAAAUGCAGCACGAAGAAGAAGAACCUGAAGAUCAUAAGACACGGGCUAAAUACAGAGAGGAACCCCAUAAUUUAUAUGGCCAGCGUGCCGUGAUGAUAUGGUUCAGGGCCUUAAAGAAAAGAAUUCCACCAUCCUGUACUCUUGCUGUUUCUUUUCUGGCAUGUCAUGUUGCAAGGGAAUAAAACCUGUUCUGCCAUCUGACUUAAUCAAGGGGACACUGGAAGGGAAGAUUCCAUAUAUUUCUGCAUUUGUUGAAAUUGAAAGGUGUCUUGGACGCCCAUCAAGUGCAUGUCCUAUUAGUUCAGGUGUGAUGUUAAUGCCUCAACGAGUUCUUAUGGUACUGAAGCUAGAAACAUUUGCUGCAUCAAUUGCGCAGUUCAUAGGCUUGGAGUUGCCUCCUGUGAAUUUCUUUGGAAUAGUACAUCGCUAUCUUCAGAGAUUAUCUCUUCCUUCUGAAAAGAUUCUUCCUCAUGUAUGCCGCAUAUAUGAAUGGGCCAUGCCUCUAGAUUUGUGGUUAUCCUUAUCAGAAAAACAUUUUAAGCCACCUAUUCAUGUUUGUGUGAUGUCAGUUUUGAUUGUAGCAAUAAGAAUGUUGUAUAACAUAAACCAUUCAGGAGAGUGGGAGAAAAGUUUGUCCAACAAAGGUAAUACCAAAGACAAUGGUGAGAAGGGUACUGCUUUUUCCCCAUGUGAUAGACCUAAUUCUGGUGAAGAAGGUUCCGAGACAAAUUGAAACAACAGGAACAUGAAUUAGACACUUCAGGACUUCUCCAACACCUUCAAACAAUAUAUAGUGAUCUUGCCAAUACCCAAGAGUAUUCAAAAGACCUGGCAUCAUAUCUCAAACACUGUAGGGAUGUUGUCUUUGCUAGGUCAGAGGCAUCAUAUGGGAAUUACGAGGAAGAAAAGAUGAUAGAAUACUUGUGGAACUCUUACAAGAAUGAAAAGAAAUUGAGUGAUUAAAGUGGUGAGGAAGCAAGACUACAAUGGCUUAGGAAUUGGUCACUAAAUGCUGUGUAUGAAACCACAUGGAUUUUAUCGUCCACUACAAAGGCACAAAGCUUCUACAAGCUUGUGUUGCUUCCAGGAGUGAGAGAUUAUAUCAGCAAAAAUUAAGAACUGCAUUAUCUUUUAUUUCGAUCACUCGGAAGGGCAUCACUCAUACCUCAAGCAUUCUUCGAUGGAAUUGUGUUUCCACUCUCUGAGCUUUGCGUUAUCGAAGCUGGCAAAUAUGGAACAUUCUGGCACUAUAAGCCAUUUCAUAAAGAUUUUGUUGGAGAAAGAACCUGAUCUGCCUGAUCCUGAUCCUAAUCCUGCUGUUAAUGCAUUAAUGGAUCACUUUAUGAGAUUUCUCACUGAAACUAGAAAAUUUUCUGUGUUAUGGCACCGAACACUUCUUGCAUUCGUGCACAGAUACAAAAAUCAACUACAGGACCAAGAUAAAGUUCGUUUAAUGGUUCUAUUGCAAAAGCAUGAACCAUCGAGUUUUACGUGAUAUCAUUAGUGAGCUAAACGAUAACUAGCUGCUUCAGACCUUCAAUGAAUCUUUUGAACCUGGCAUACCAUAAUAUGAAGCUAAGAUAUCUGUACCCAAGUUUUUUUUUUUUUUAUUUUUAGAUAUUGAUAGAGUUAAGUUUUAACUUUGACAAAAAUAAUAUACUUUUUUUUUCCUUCUGUUAAUGUAUUAGUGGUGAUUUUGCACAUUUUUCCAAUAGGAACUUGUUUUUAAUUUUAUUGAGCUGAAUCUUUAGCUGGAGAUUCUUCACUCACAAGAUUCUUCACUCACAGUUGCAAGAUAUAAAUGUGACAAAUAAACAGAAAGAAUUAGAAAUUAAAUUAAGGAAUAUUAAUUUAAAGUUAUAAUCUCAACAAUUGCAUGCAUGGUUUGAUCAUUCAAGAUACCGAAUUUGAAAAAUGUGAUCCUUAUUUUCCAUCUUCUUCUCUUAAAUCUUCAAUGGUUUUAGAUUUUCAAUAACUUUUGAUGGAGACUCAAUUUCUUUCUUCUUCCUCCUCCUUCUCUUCUAAAAUAGUGGCAAGUCCGGCUUGUUUCGUGAUUUGCAUUUUCAUUAUCCGUUGUUGCAACAAUCAUUGUCCUCGUCAUCAUCAAGAUACCAAGAAUAUAGAUAAGAAAAGAAAAAGCUGAGAUUCCUGUUAUCAUGGUAGGCAUGCAAGGCAACAAAAGUAUUAUAAAUAUUACUUCUAUAAAAUAAUUUUGUCCUCAUCAUUAUCACUUCUACCUCUACUAUUUCUAUUGUGUAACCAUAUUUUAUCACCAUCAUUAUCUCUUCUACUGUCAUUAUCACCAAUACAAAUAUCAUCAACAUUAAUAUUAUCUUAUUGUGCUAUUUUUCCCCUUUAAAAGGUCUUAAUACUGCAAUGGUUUUUCUCUAUUUAACCACCACCAGUGAAAGAUUCUUUCAAAAAUAAACUUAUUAAUAGUUUGUGGGAGUUUAAAAUCUCCACAAAUUACAAAUAAAAUCCCAUAAAACUAAUUUUCGCUACUAUUUAACGAAUUUUUUAAUAGAGGAGUUGUAUUGUCCUCAAAAGAAAAAGUUGAGGGUUAAAGUGUUCCUUUUUAUUGGACAAGGGGUGUUUGUCUUGUCUUUUGUAAAAAUGGAUUAGAGCCGGAUUGGAUGUUUACUCAGAGUAAAAAUAUGAAAAGGUAAGGCUAAAUAUAAAAUUUUCAAAGAUGAAUGAGAAGAAAUAGUUGAAUGAAAUGCAUCUUAUAACUCAAACCUAUUGAAGAGAAAUAACAUUAAGGUUGAAUACAUAGAGUAAUUUAAAGAGAAAUAAAUAUUUAGACAACAUGUGACUAAAAAAUGAAUUCUAUAGCAUAAUGUAAAGAUAAAAAAUUACAAGAGGAUAAAAAUAUAAUAAUAAGAAUCUUAUAACAUAAUACAAAGAUAGAAGAUUAUGCUAUCUAAGAAAAAAAAUUUCUAGUGACAAAAUAGAGAAAUAUCAAAUAUCUAAAGAUGGAUUUAGAAUUGUUAGUUUUUCUUCUAAUAUAUUAUAAAUAGAUAAAUAGAUACUAGUAGUAAUAAUAAAAAGAUAAAUAGAUUUGAAUAGGAAGCAUAGGUGUCCAAUAAAAAAAAUAGAAAACUAUAUUAUUAGUUUUGGCAACCGUUGAAACGUUCCUCAAGUUGCAAUUUUAUUGCAUCUCUCUGAUCAUUAAAAACAAAAAAAAAAUUGUCGGUUCAAAAUAAACCCAGCAUAAGACAUCAAUACGUAGAAUUUAUUUUUAAAAAGAAUCCGGAAGACAGGUACCACGUGAAGAUGUAAAACAUUGUCUAUUAGCACAAUAUUGUUUAACCUUAUAUUGUUACCAUGAUUCAUGUGCAGCUACAUGUUCCUAUAGUUUUUAUAUGUUAUUACCAUUAUUUUCGUACAUGCAUGUGCUGCAACAUGAUGUUGCUUGCUUAUUUAGCCACUUUUAUAUAAUUAAUUAAUUUUCACAAAGACUAGUGUCCGUGGACUCCAAAGAAGAAUUAUUACAUCAAAGCCAGCUUGCAACUCAAUAGAGUUCACUGCCUUGACACCAUUGUUCUCUUACCUUUGUCUGAAAAGCCAUUCACUUUGCUGUUGCUAAGAUCAUAUCAUGGCUGGUGCACUUGUUGGGGGAGCUUUGCUCUCUGGCUUCAUUAACGUUGUCUUUGACAGGUUCAUUACAACGGAUGCAGUCAACUUGAUCUUGGGCAAGAAGCUUGGUCCUGAAUUAGUUGAAAGACUGAAGAUUUCUCUGCUUGCUGCUGAAGCUCUUGUUGGUGAUGCUGAGUUCAAGCAAUUGGACAACCCUUCUGUGAGGGAGUGGCUUAACAGUCUGAGGGAUGCCGUUUAUGUGGCUGAUGACUUGCUGGACGCUGUCCUCACCAAAGCCGCCACUCGAAAGGAGGUACGUUCUUUCUGGCCUAUUAGCUUCCUCGACCGGGACAGGAAGAUUGUAGAUAAGAUGGAAGGGGUGGUUAGAAGAAUAGAAUUUCUUGUAAAACAAAAAGAUUUGCUUGGUCUUGAAAAGAGUUCCUAUAGGGACUUUUUGUCAUGGAGAAUUCCAUCCACAUCUCUGGUGGAAGGUAAUAUCCUUGGCAGGGAAAAGGACCAACAGGAAAUCAUCAAGAUAUUAAAUGAUAACAGAGAACAUCAGUUGUCUGUGAUUCCCAUUGUGGGCAUAGGUGGGGUUGGCAAAACAACUUUAGCACAAUGGCUGUACAAUAAUGAAAAGUUGAUGGAGGGGUUUCAAGUCAAAAAAUGGGUUUGUGUCUCUGAAGACUUUAAUGUCAUUCAGGUUACAAAGAAUAUUAUAGGUCAAACUGCUGGUAAUACAGAGGAUUUCAAUUCACUUCAACUUGAACUGAAGGAAAAAUUGUUUGAAAAGAAGUUCUUUAUUGUGUUAGAUGAUGUUUGGAGUGAUGAUGGUGAUGUCUGGAAGAAAUUUAGAACCCCCUUUCAAUAUGGGAUAAAGGGAAGUACAAUUCUUGUAACAACUCGUGUCAAAGAGGUUGCCUCUGUAGUCCAAACUUGUCCCCCUUACAUUCUCAGUGAGUUGUCUGAGGAUUGUUGUUGGUCAGUGUUUGCAAACAAUGUUUGUUUUCCAGAAUCAAAUGGGCAUCCAAAACUAGAAGAAAUCGGUAGAAAGAUAGUCAAGAAGUGUAAGGGGUUGCCAUUAGCUGCAGAGACACUUGGAAGCUUGUUGCGAACAAAACAUGAUGUUAAGGAAUGGGAAGCUGUAUUACAUUGUUCCUUGCUGGAGACUUCUAUGGUAGAUUUGAAGAGCUUGGUGAUGCAGUGAAUGUGUAUACUCGAACUCGUCAUUUGUCUUGUAAAAGUCCGAAUCAUCUAGUCUCAAAAAAUUUUAGUUCCAUCAGUAAAGUUGAAUCUUUGAGGACAUUUUUGUCAACUAAUGUCGUUUCAAAGUCAGAUAACAUUGAUGAUGUAACAUGUACUCCAAUAUUGAAGCUCAAAUAUUUGAGAGUUUUGUCA